AUCGAUAACGAGACAAUACGAGUAUCUGAGUCAGUGUGGAAAGCACCUUCCAUCUAACUCCCUCGCUGUCUAUCUUUGUUUAUAUAAAAUAAGGAAUUCUCUUUAAAAAACAAACAAGUGAAGCCACGCCAAAGUCACUUUAUCAAAUUCAAAUUCAAAUUUUCACCUGGCUGGAUCUUGAGUAAAAAGUGUUGAUGAAGAAGUGAAGGACAGAAGAUGAAACCAAAAGUACCACCUGAUGCCAAUGACCUUUUAGGUUUAAAUACUAGAGCGAAUAAGGUUUUAGCACCAGUUACAAAGUAUGUGCUGACAACGUUUUUGGUGGGAACUCUGUUGGUAGCUGGUGUUUACGUAACGAUGAUUUUUCUUACAAUAAAUGUAACUGAGUGGGUUGGAACAUGCGAAGUGUCUUCGAUCUACCGGGUAAACUGUUCACCGGGCCGGAUGACUACAUACGAGGAAUGCACGGAAAUUAGAUGUUGCUUUGAUGAAACGUCCAAGACAUGCUACCACACUGUACCCUCCAGAUAUGGAUACGCAGAGGAUACAAGUAAUUCUACUGUUCUUCGGCCAAAAGAACCGAAGAGUCCAUUUGGUAGUGAAAAUAAACCUGUUAAUGUCCUCAUCAACUGUAUCGAUCCGGAACACGUCCGAAUCGAUCUGACUUUGCUCGCGGACCAACGAAAUCUACAUUACGUCGAGACGGAACGUGCAAAACGAUCUGAAAAUUCACCCGACUACAUGUGCAACAAUUCGCUGAACAGUAUUCAAGUGGAUCAUGGCUCCAAUUCAAAGUCACAAUUCGCUGUAACCCUCACCCGGAACAAUAAAUCGAUAAUGACAACAUCGAAAGGACCUUUCAUUAUCACCGAAACUUAUUGGGAAUGGAGUUUGUUCUUGGGUAACUCGUCUGUCUAUGGAUUAAAUUCAGAGAAAUUAAAUGGGACAUUCAAUUGGAUUUACAACAACAGAAACGACACUAUAAUUCCUGGAUUUCUUAGGAUCACAAAUGACAUGAGUAUUGGUUGUUACAUUGGAUACAACGGGCCUAUGGAAAUCGAGGUACUGCCAUCAAAUCUCAUCAUCUUAAGAGGAAUCUCGAUGCCAAACACACUAUCGAUCCAUGUGUUCUCCGGAGAAACUCCUCAGGAUGUAACGAAGCAAUUCGCAGCCCUCCUGAGAACCGAACAAGUCACUGAAGUCGCUCUGUCGAAUCUCGGUCUGCACAUAUGUCCCGAAAAUAAUCAGGAUAUCAUCGACAAAGACUUGACUUGGAUUAUCGAGCAUAUGAAGAGUCAAGGGGCCCCCUGGGACAGCUACUGCAUCCACAAAAAAUUCUAUCCCACUCUGGACAAAGUCCUGAGUCAAACUGAACACGAGUUUCUCAAAGCAACUGAGAAACUUCUCAAUGAAACAGGAAGAAGUGUUUUGCAUCACGUCUCCAACUUGUGUUCAUACGGAAAAAAUAAUUUCUCUUUCGAACUCGAAGGACAGUCUCUAUUACUGAAGAAUUCUUCUGGACCGUAUGUUGGAGUAAGUGACAGCGAAAGUGUUUGCUAUCCUGACUGGCUGGAUGAACGAACUCUCAAGAUAUACGACUCCAAAAUAAAUGAACUUCUUCAAGUUUCUCCCACUUCGAAAUUUCUUUAUCUCCGUGACCUAUGGCCCAGGGAUGAUUCAAAUAUCACAAUGGAUUUUUCCAAGUUCGAUUACGUACCAAAGGAAUUGCGUACUCUGAUGUCAAAGGGAUCAGUUCCUAUUGACUUAUCUUCAUCGACAGAGGACUCUCAUUAUAAAAUCCACAAUGCAUAUGCCAGAGAAUUUCAAGCUUUUGCAGGCAAAUAUGCGAAUUCAAUACGAGUCGAGCUGUUGAAUGAGGAUACCUUCGGGGGAUGGUCUGCACUGAGGAAAAUUCUCAGUCGAACCAUUGCCAGUGGUCUUCUCGGUCAACCACCACCGGCAAUUUACAUGUGUAGUAUCAAGUCGCCGUCUAAUGAUGACUUAUGUCAAAGAUGGUAUGGGAUCGGCGUAGUAUUCCCUCACGUGCUUGCUGUUCCCCAAAAUAUGCCAGGGGGUGAUUGGUUGAGCGAUGGCGCCUCAAAAUAUGUCAUUAAAUUGCUUAAACUCCGGGCGAGUUUAGUGAGCUAUCAGUAUAGUACAAUCGCGGAGUAUUACAACAGUGGAGCGCCAAUAUUAGCCCCGACGCACUUCCAUUAUCCCGACAAUGUCUACGUCAAAUACAUGGAAAAUCAGUUUAUGUGGGGUGAAAGUAUACUUGUUGGCGCGGUGACUCUUCCGAGUACGUUUCAAGUGCAGAUGCGUAUCCCAGGACUGAAGUCCUGGCGACACCUUCAAGGAGGACAGGAAGUCAAUCCAACGGGUAGUAGGAGCGUUUCCGUGUCCAUCCUCGAGGGGGAAAUCGUUACCCUCUUACGUCCGGGUCACAUUAUCCCUUUCCACGAGAAUCCAGCUCUGACGAGCUGGGAGACUCGUCGCGGACCCUUGAAAUUAGUAGGUAAUCUAGCUGAUAUCGAGGGAAACUAUCAAGCCAGUGGGAAAAUCUUCUACGAUCGAGGUGCAUUUCUCAAUAUCACUUUCAAUAAUACUUCCCUUAAAUUAGAAAGAGUCAUCAUUGGGGGAGAUGGGGUGUGCCCCAAUCAAACUACGAUUCUGAUUAGUUCCUUGGAAAUUCUGGGGCGACAGACUGUGUACACCAUUGGCUUAAAUGUUUCUUUUUGUGAUUUUUAUGAAACAAUAUAUUUAUUCACAAUUUAGAAUAAUUUUAAUCAUCUUAAUUUUGGUGUCGCAGAGUUAAAAAUAUUCCAAAAUCGAACGGAUAAAAUAUUACAGAGAAAGUAUUCUCGGAGUUAAUCAAGAUUCCUCUGGAGAUUGAUUAUCAUUAAUUCGCUGAUCGAAUUAAUAUAUUGAGAAUAUUGGAUAAUUACGAAUUCCAAUUGACACUCAAGCGAUCAAUGUUUUAUUCUGAUCAAACACUGAAUAAUUGAUAGAUCAGUACUGAUGGGUGAUGAUUCAUUUAUCGAAACAUGGCUCGGCAUCGAUGACAAUUAUUAAUUAAAGACGUGUUCUUUGAAAUUCGUUCUAAAAGUGUCCAGAUAGAUGACGAAAAUUUAUCAAUUGUUCAACAAUCAAUUACCGGUAUUAAAUGUUAUCACCCGAUUAACAGCGAUCAAUACACAAUAAUAAAAGACAACUGGAGAUUCCUCAACAUUAUAAA